AUCCGAAUUGCAGCCUUAAAUGCCAGCUCCACGGUUGAGGAUGAUCAUGAAGGAAGCUUUAAAAGUCAUAAAACUCAGACAAAGGAAGCUCAGGAAGUGGAGGCUUUUGCCUUGUACCACAAGGCCCUGGAUCUACAGAAACACGACCGGUUUGAAGAGUCAGCCAGAGCCUACCAUGAGCUUCUAGAGGCACGCCUGCUGCGGGAGGCGGUGUCGUCAGGUGAUGAGAAGGAGGGCCUCAAGCACCCCGGGCUAAUGCUGAAAUACUCCACAUACAAGAACCUGGCCCAGCUGGCGGCCCAGCGCGAGGACCUGGACACCGCCAUGGACUUCUACCUGCAGGCAGUGAUGCUGGACUCCACCGACGUCAAUCUCUGGUACAAAAUCGGACACGUGGCCCUGAGGCUGGUCCGCAUCCCCCUGGCUCGCCACGCGUUUGAGGAAGGGCUGCGUUGCAACCCUGACCACUGGCCCUGCCUGGACAGCCUCAUCACCAUUCUGUACGCGCUCAGUGACUACACCACGUGUCUGUACUUCAUCUGCAAGGCACUGGAGAAGGACUGCCGCUACAGCAAGGGGCUGGUCCUCAAGGAGAAGAUAUUCCACGAGCAGCCAUGUCUCCGGAAGGACUCGCUCCGUAUGUUCCUGCGAUGUGACAUGUCCAUCCACGAUGCAUCCGUGAGUGCGGCUGAAGCCCAGGCCAUCGUGGAUGAGGCGAUGGGGCUGCGGAGGAGGAGGCAGGCGCUGACCGUGCGGGAGAAGGUGCCAGACCUGAAGCUGGUGCGGCCCAUCCCCUUCUUCACCUGGAAGUGCCUUGGGGAGAGCCUCCUUGCCAUGUACACUCACCUCACCACCUGUGAGCCCCCGCGGCCCAGCCUGGGCAAGAGGAUCGACCUGUCUGACUACCAGGAUGCCACCCCACAGCUGGCUGCCUCCACGGUGCUGCCACCCGUCAGCGUUAUCCAGCCACCCCCCGUCAGCACGCCCCUGCCUGGGACCGGGGCUGAGCCCGUGCUCACCUACAGCCCUGUGGCUGCGGCCAGCUUCCCACGCCAUAGCCCCAGCCUGCUGGAGACAGGCCUGGCCGUGGGCGAUGCAUCUGGGGGAGACAGGUCCAAGAAGGGUAUGAAGAGGAAGAAGAUCGCAGAGGAGAGCGGCGAGACAGCCAAGCGGCGUUCGGCCCGUGUCAGGAACACCAAGUGCAAGAAGGAGGAGAAGGUGGAUUUCCAGGAGCUCCUGGCCAAGUUCCUGCCGUCCAGGCUGAGGAAGCUGGACCCUGAGGAGGAGGAUGGCCCCUUCACCAGCUACGAGGUCCAGGCAGAGGCCAAGCCAGAGCACAGCCCUAGCGCGGGGCCACACAGGCUGUCGUUUGACUCUGCCACAUUCAUGGAGUCAGAGAGGCGGGACGUGCAUGACUUCCUGCUGAGGAACCUGACCAAUGGUGGCAUCCUUGAGCUGAUGAUGCGUUACCUGAAGGCCAUGGGCCACAGGUUCCUGCUGCGCUGGCCGCCGGGGCUGGCAGACAUUGUGCUCAGCAUCUACCACAGCUGGAGGCGCCACAGCACCAGCCUGCCCAACCCAUUGCUGCGGGACUGCGGCGACCAGCACAUCAAGGACAUGAUGCUGAUGUCCCUGUCCUGCAUGGAGCUCCAGCUGGACCAGUGGCUGCUCACCAAAGGCAGAAGUUCUGCAGGUGUGACACCGUGCCCUGUGCUGGGGCUGCUCUCAGAGCCCCUGCAGCCGGGCUCACGCCCAGCUCACGCCCAGCUCACGCCCAGUGUAGCAGCAGCUUUCCGCCAGUUGCUGCAGGGGGACAUGGAGCAGGCCCUGGAGAACUACGACAUCUGCACGGAGAUGCUGCAGAGCCCGGCCAGCCUCCAGGCCGCAGCAGGCACUGAGCGGAGAGACCUGGUCAUCCGACUGCCUAACCUGCACAACGAUGCCCUCGUGUCCCUAGAGGAGAUCGAUAAGAACCUGAAGUCUCUGGAGCGGUGCCAAUCCCUGGAGGAGAUCCAGCGACUGUACGAAGCUGGCGACUACAAGGCCGUUGUGCGCCUGUUGCGCCCCACUCUGUGCACCAGUGGCUUUGACCAGGCCAAGCACCUGGACUUCAUGACGUCCAUCCCGGAGAGGCCGGCCCAGCUGCUGCUGCUGCAGGACUCCCUGCUGCGGCUGCAGGAUUCCCAGCAGUGCUUCGAAUGCUCGGACAUUGCCCUGAACGAAGCCGUCCAGCAGAUGGUCAACGCUGGUGACACAGCGGCUAAGGAGGAGUGGGUGGCCACGGUGACGCAGCUGCUGCUGGGCAUGGAGCAGGCGCUGUCUGCAGACGGUGGCAGCAGCCUCCUGAAGGAGUCUUCGUCUGGCCUGAGCCUUGUCAGGCUCACCAGCAACCUCAUCCAGGUCAUCGACUGCAGCAUGGCCGUGCAGGAGGAGCCCAAGGAGCCGCGCGGGGCCUCGGUGCUGCCCUGGAUCCUCUUGCACCGCAUCAUCUGGCAGGAGGAGGACACCUUCCGCUCCUUGUGCCACCAGCAACAGCUCCAGAGCGCAGCAGAUGAAGGGAUGUCCGAGACGCCGAUGCUCCCGUCCGCCCUCAUGCUGCUCAACACGGCCCACGAGUACCUGGGCAGGCGGUCCUGGUGCUGCAAUUCUGACGGGGCUCUGCUGCGCUUCUAUGGCUCACGCUCCUGCCAUCUGUCUUCCCUGCAGGUGGACCUUGUCUGGGAGGAUGCCCUGUUCAUGUUUGAGUAUUUUAAGCCCAAGACCCUUCCUGAGUUUGACAGUUACAAGACCAGCACCGUGUCUGCCGACCUGGCCAAUCUCCUGAAGCGGAUUGCCACCAUCGUGCCGCACACAGAGAGGCCAACGCUGAGCCUGGACAAAGUGUCCGCAUACAUCGAGGGGACCUCAGCUGAGGUGCCAUGCCUCCCGGAAGGGGCUGACCCCUGCCCCGCGGUGGUGAGCGAGCUCUACUACCUCCUGGCCGAUUACCACUUCAAAAACAAGGAGCAGUCCAAAGCCAUCAAGUUCUACAUGCAUGAUAUCUGCGUCUGCCCCGACAGGUUCGAUUCCUGGGCAGGCAUGGCCCUGGCCCGGGCCAGCCGCAUCCAGGACAAGCUCAACUCCAACGAGCUGAAGAGCGACGGGCCCAUCUGGAGGCACGCCACCCCCGUGCUGAACUGCUUCCGACGGGCCCUGGAGAUCGACAGCUCCAACCUGUCUCUGUGGAUCGAGUACGGCACCAUGUCCUACACCCUGCACUCAUUCGCCGCACGCCAGCUGAAGCAGUGGAGGACUGAGCUCCCCCCUGAGGUCGUGCAGCAGAUGGAGGGGCGCCGUGACAGCAUGCUGGAGACGGCGCGGCACUGCUUCACGUCGGCGGCCCGCUGCGAGGGUGAUGGUGACGAGGAGGAGUGGCUGGUCCACUACAUGCUGGGCAAGGUGGCUGAGAAGCAGCAGCAGCCGCCGGCCGUCUACCUGCUGCACUACCGGCAGGCCGGCCACCACCUGCACGAGGAGGCCGCCCGCUACCCCAAGAAGAUUCACUACCACAACCCCCCCGAGCUGGCCAUGGAGGCCCUGGAGGUGUACUUCCGACUUCACGCAUCCAUCCUGAAGCUCCUGGGGAAGCCUGACUCCGGAGUCGGCGCCGAGGUGCUCCUCAGCUUCAUGAAGGAGGCCGCAGAGGGGCCCUUCGCCAGAGGCGAGGAGAAGAAUACCCCCAAGGCUCCAGAAAAGGAGAAGGCCUGCCUGGUGGAUGAGGACUCCCGCUCUUCGGCUGGGCCGCUGCCAGGCCCCGGAGCCCCUGUCCCCUGCUCUGGCCCAGGUCUGACAUCCCCACCUUACACAGCCACUCCGCUUGACCACGAUUACGUCAAAUGUAAAAAACCCCAGCAGCAGGCGACGUUGGACGAUCGCAGCCAGGACAGCUCAGCUGUGGCGCUCUCAGACUCCAGCUCAACGCAGGACUUCUUCAGCGAACCUGCCAGCUCGCUGGAGGGCUCCCGGAAGCCCCUCGUCACUGAGAAGAGAAUGCCCACCCCCAGUGCCCAGGCAGGUCCAGCUGGAAGAGACCUGCAGGGGGCCACAGAGGAGAGAGGAAAAUCCGAAGAGUCCUUGGAGAACACAGAAGGCUUCCGGGCAGCGGAGCAGGGGGCCCAGAGGCCUGCUGCAGAGCCCCCAACUGUGGGCCACCCUACCAAGGCCCCGGCGCCAGCCCCCUCCCCAUGGGAGGGCAGGAGGCGAGCGGAGCCCCCAGGGGAGCCGACCGCCUUCCCGCAGGGGCUGCCGGCGGGUGCGGAGGAGCAGCGGCAGUUCCUCACGGAGCAGUGCAUCGCGUCCUUCCGGCUGUGCCUCAGCCGCUUCCCCCAGCACUACAAGAGCCUCUACCGGCUGGCCUUUCUCUACACCUACAGCAAGACCCACCGGAACCUCCAGUGGGCCCGUGACGUGUUGCUAGGCAGCAAUAUCCCGUGGCAACAGCUACAGCACAUGCCGGCACAGGGGCUCUUCUGUGAGAGGAACAAGACCAAUUUCUUCAACGGCAUCUGGCGGAUCCCCGUGGACGAGAUCGACCGGCCGGGCAGCUUCGCCUGGCACAUGAACCGCUCCAUUGUGCUCCUGCUGAAGGUGCUGGCCCAGCUGCGGGACCACAGCACCCUGCUGAAGGUGUCCUGCAUGCUGCAGCGCACUCCCUUGCUCUGCAGGAAGUACUUGCGUGAUGCUGACCGCCAGGUCCUGGCACAGCGGGCCUUCAUCCUCACCGUGAAGGUGCUGGAGGACACGCUGAGCGAGCUCGCAGAGGGGUCCGAAUGUCCAGGCCCCAAGGCCUGUGGUCCUGCUGGAACCAGGAUGACCACAGACGUCUCCCACAAGGCCAGCCCCGAGGAUGGGCACGAGGGCCUCCCUCACCUCAAGAAGCCCCCCCUGGCUGAUGCCUCGGGACCAGGGCCCGAGCCAGGGGGCAAAGCGAGCCCCCCCAACCCCCGGGCUGUGGCCCCAGACCCUGGGGACCGCGUGGACCAGGGCGGGGAGCGCAGGGACAGGGAGAGCCCCCGGGCUGGCCUCACAGAGCCCAUGGACACAGCGGAGGCCGCUGGCCGCCGCCCAGAUGCAGAGCGGGCACCCCUAGUGCCUCUGGGGCACCCCCCGCGGGAGUGGGGCCCUGAGAGCCGGCCAGCCGAGCUGUCGCUGGAGGAGCUGAGCAUCAGCGCUGGCCAGCAGCCCUCCCCACCGCCACCGGCUGCAGCCGCCCCCGGCGCCCCCGAGGAGCUGGCCCCGCGGCCCAGCCGCAAGCGGAAGCUCCUGGAGGACACCGAGUCGGGCAAGACGCUGCUGCUGGACGCGUACCGCGUGUGGCAGCAGGGCCAGAAGGGCGUGGCCUAUGACCUGGGCCGCAUCGAGAGCAUCAUGGCCAAGACCUACAUGCUCAUCAAGCAGGUGGACGAGGAGGCAGCGUUGGAGCAGGCCGUGAAGUUUUGUCAGUUCCACCUGGGGGCCGCUGCCCAGAGACAAGCCGCGGGGGACACUCCCACCACCCCAAAGCACCCCAAGGACAGCCGAGAGAACUUUUUCCCUGCGGCGGUGACCCCCACAACCCCGGAUACCCCAGCGGCUGACACCCUCCAGCGGCCCAGCGACAGCCACGCCAAGCCCCGCCCCUCCCCAGCCACUGCCACGGCCGCCGUCAGCUGCCUGCCCUGUGCUUCCGUCUCCACUCCAGACCCGGCUAAGGACCCUGGGCCCCCCCGGCUGCACAGGCCUGAGGCCACCCCUGGCCCCACCUCUUUGAGCCCCGAGGGAGAAGAGCUGGCCGGAGCGGCAGAGGGCACCAGCUUCACCCUCCAGGAGCCCCGGCCCCCACAGACAGCGAAGCCGGCCCCCACAGCACCCCCAGCAGAGCUGAACCGCUGGCCGGCGGAGGCUGCCCCCCUGACAGGCACUGAGCCCACCUGCAGCCAAGCCUCUGGCUCCAAGGCCCCCAGCAGUGGGGGCAUCCAGCCACCCGGGCUUCCCCCGGGCAAGGCCGAGCCCAGCAAGGCCAAGCCACGUCUGCUGCCCACCAUGCCAAAGCUGGUCAUCCCUGCAGUCACCACCAAGUCCCCUCCUGAAAUCACUGUCACACCGCCCACCCCGACCCUGCUGGUUCCCAAAGGCAGCAUCUCGGAGGAAACCAAGCAGAGGCUGAAGUCGGCCAUCCUGUCUGCGCAGUCGGCCGCCAACGUGAGGAAGGAGAGCCUGUGCCAGCCGGCCCUGGAGGUGCUGGAGACCUCGAGCCAGGAGUCCUCGCUGGAGAGCGAGACAGACGAGGAUGAGGACGACAUGGACAUCUGA